GUGAGUACUAAAAAUACAAUACUCCAUAUAAAACAUGCCAAAUUAAACGAUUUAAAGUUAUUAGCCCAAAGUGUUUGAUCCGGUCCAAUUCAUCCGAUCUACCAUCUCUCUCGAUUGCUCAUCUCCCAGCGAGACGGUCGUACGCUAGAUUGCUCUCUCCGUUUCCAUCUCCUCUUCCCCUUAGGUCGGACGCAGUCUACACCACCACGCCGUUCGUCUAAUGUCCUGAGAAUUUGGUUAGAAUCAUGGCUUCUAAAACUAAGAGGAGGACUGUGACGGAGAAUGGCGAUGCAGCUGAGGACACUGUCCUUGUAACCAUGAUAAAUAAUGGGGACGAUUUAGGUCCUUUGGUAAGGCAUUCUUUUGAUGGUGGAAAACCAGAAGCCCUCCUACAGCAGCUUAAAAACGUUGUCAAGAAGAAAGAAGUUGAAAUAGAGGAGCUUUGCAAACUUCACUAUGAGGAUUUUAUUCUUGCUGUGGAUGAGCUUCGUGGCGUACUAGUUGAUGCUGAAGAGCUCAAAAGUGAACUUGCAACUGAUAAUUUUAGGUUACAGGAAGUCGGAAGUUCUUUGCUAUUGAAGCUCGAAGACCUUCUUGAGUCUUAUUCUGUUAAGAAGAAUGUUACGGAAGCCAUUAAGAUGUCCAGGAACUGUCUACAAAUACUGGAGCUUUGUGUCAAGUGCAAUACCCACAUCUCUGAAGGACAAUUUUACCCUGCUUUGAAAGCUCUAGAUCUUAUUGAGAAAAGGUAUUUGCAGGACAUUCCUGUCAAGAAGCUCAGGGCGAUCAUUGAGUCAAGAAUACCACUUAUAAAGUCACACAUUGAGAAGAAAGUAUGCACUGAAGUUAAUGAGUGGCUAGUUCAUAUAAGGAGUAACGCCAAGGAUAUUGGGCAGACUGCGAUAGGAUAUGCAUCAUCAGCUCGUCAGAGGGAUGAAGAUAUGCUAACUCGUCAAAGGAAGGCUGAAGAACAGAGUUGCUUGGGUUUGGGAGAUUUCACGUAUAGCUUGGAUGUUGAAGAAAUAGACGAAGAAUCCAUUUUAAAGUUUGAUCUCACACCUCUUUACAGAGCGCACCACAUUCACAAAUGUCUUGGAAUUGCAGAACAGUUUCGUGAAUACUACUACAAAAACCGCUUCUUGCAGCUAAGUUCAGAUUUGCAGAUAUCCUCAUCCCAACCAUUUCUUGAAUCCCAUCAGUCCUUUUUGGCUCAGACUGCUGGGUAUUUUAUUGUUGAGGAUCGCGUAAUGAGGACUGCUGGCGGGCUUCUAUCACCAAGUCAACUCGAGACGAUGUGGGAAACGGCAGUGACUAAAGUUACCUCAGUCUUGGAGGAACAAUUCUCACAUGUUGAUAGUGCCAGUCAACUUCUCUUGGUCAAAGACUAUGUCACUCUUUUUGGGGCAACCCUCAGACAGUAUGGCUAUGAAGUAGGCCCAAUUCUAGAGACUCUCAAUGGCAGUCGUGAAAAGUAUCAUGAACUUCUUUUGGCAGAGUGUCGACAGCAAAUCAUUGACAUAAUCACUAAUGAUACAUACGAACAGAUGGUGAUGAAAAAAGAGUCGGACUACCAAUCAAAUGUAUUAGUCUUCCAUCUUCAGACCUCUGAUAUAAUGCCAGCAUUCCCUUUUAUUGCUCCCUUCUCUUCGAUGGUACCUGAUUGCUGUCGAUCGGUUAGAACAUUCAUCAAGGACUCGGUUAAUUAUUUAUCUUAUGGAAGCCAAAUGAACUUCUUUGAUUUUGUUAAGAAGUAUUUGGAUAAGCUUUUAAUCGAUGUCCUAAAUGAAGCAAUACUCGAUACGAUCCAUAGUGGUACGACCGGUGUGUCUCAGGCUAUGCAAAUUGCUGCAAACAUAGCUGUUCUGGAAAGAGCAUGUGAUUAUUUUCUCCAACAUGCUGCCCAACAAUGUGGGAUACCUGUCCGUUCUGUUGAAAGACCUCAAGGCAGUUUGACCGCCAAGAUUGUUCUCAAAACAUCAAGGGAUGCUGCAUAUCUUGCUUUGUUGAGUUUGGUAAAUGCGAAAUUGGACGAGUUCAUGUCACUUACUGAAAAUGUGAACUGGAUAGUAGAAGAUGCUUCUCAGCAAGGGAAUGAAUAUAUUAAUGAGGUUCUUAUUUACUUGGACACUCUAAUGUCCACUGCUCAGCAAAUUCUACCUCUAGAUGCUCUUUAUAAAGUUGGAAGUGGUGCACUUGAGCAUAUUUCCAACUCAAUUGUGGGAGCAUUUCUUAGUGACAGUGUGAAGAGGUUCACCGCUAAUGCUGUUGUGGGCAUAAACCAGGAUUUGAAGGCAUUGGAAGCUUUUGCUGAUGAGAAGUUCCAUAGCACCGGGUUGAGUGAAAUUUAUAGUGAAGGGAGUUUCAGAGGAUGCUUGAUAGAGGCUAGGCAAUUGUUAAACCUUCUGUUGAGCAGUCAACCUGAGAACUUCAUGAAUCCUGUGAUAAGGCAGAAGAACUAUAAUGCUUUGGACUAUAAAAGGGUUGCAACCAUUUGUGACAAGUACAAGGACUAUGCUGAUGGAAUAUUUGGAAGUCUUGCAAGAGGAAAUGCUAAGCAAAGCGCCCGGAAAAAAUCCAUGGACAUGCUGAAGAAAAGACUGCGGGAUUUUAACUGAGAAAUCAGAAUAUAUGGAUUAGAAAGUAGUACCAAAAUUCUUUUUAUUUUGGGUGAAGAUAAACAAAAUUCUUUUAUUUUCUGGUUAUUAUUUAAAAUUUAUUCAAUUUUGACCUGAAAUUUCAUGUACAUCUGAUCCCACCAGGAGUUGUCUCCUCAUUCCUCCCUUUUACUUGUGGGUGCUGGUAUGAAGUAGGAAAAUAAUGCUGUUUCUGAUUUGCUGGGAAUUCAUAAUGUGUAUGACAAACAAUUUUAACUGAAGUGCAGAGUAAGGUAUCAGUUGCAUCAUGCAGGAUUGAGAAAGGGUGAGGAAGGUGCGCAAAACUGGGUGUUCCCCCUGUUUCCAGAGUCGCUAUUUGCAUUUUCAAGGUAUGAGUUGCUUUAUGCAUUUUCAAGGUAAUGCAUUAAUCUUAAAGGAGUAGUGACAUCAUGGGUUUGAGAAUUGGCACCUUCUUCAAACGGUAAUUUAGGGGUGGCAAAAGAAUCUAACGUUCCAUCAAAAGGUAAAUUCAUCCGAUCAAUCUGCUAAAGAUUUAGCGUUAAUUUUUUGGGUUGAAUCAAUUCAGUUGUACUAAAUGCAGGGAGUAUGAUCCAUCUAUUAUUUUUAUGAUUUUUUAAUAUUCCAUUGGAUCACAUCGAGAAAAUCCUCAAAAUCUAUUGGAAUUAGUGAGUUUUUCACAUUUAUUGAUAAGUUAUUACUCUAAUGCUUACUAUUUAUUACUCAUAAGUAUUACUAUAUGCAUGUUGCCAUCGUGUAAAUGUCUUGCAAAUUAAAAGUAUCCCUUAAAAGAGUCAUGUUCGAGUGAGACACCAUUUUAUUUUCCUCCAACUCAAUCAAGUACUCGCUUUUACUAGUUAUGGUGGUCACUUUACCCCUAAGACUUACUUUCAAGACUGCUUUGAGUAGUGUACUAAUAAAUAAUAAUACAUGAAAUCAAAUGCUUUUGUUUUGGGACAAAGUCACAAGGCAUUCUUGAAAAUGACUCUUUCUUUGGGAUGCAGGGAGUCAUAAAAGAAAUGGAUGGGUUAUACAUUCAUUCCUCAGAAAGUUGUUAAGGGAAGGAUUUAAGUAUUUUAUGAACAGGAUCAUGCUGGAUAAGAUUUCUGUAAAGAGUAUUUAAUGGAUUGUAAAGAAUUUUUUAUGGAUUACAUGGAUUAGUGGAUUGUUUUCAAAUUUCAAUCCACCAGAUAUUAUCUGAAAAUGAAAAUUUAUGCAAUCCAUCCUAUUGACACUCUUAAAUGGUAUCCAUGAUAAACAUAUGCUUAUUUUGGACAUCUACAGUUGUUGUAAGCAUGCAUAUAAAUUGCAAAUCGUGCACUACUAGGAAAGAUGAUCACUUGCACUCUUUUCCCGUAGUUGCACAGUCCUUGUACUACAUAAAUGUUGUGCACGUGUAAAUGUGUGUGUAAAUGGAUUUGAAGGAUGGCUUCCUCCACCAGUCCACCAGAUUCAAUCUGACUAGUGGAUGAGCAACUCUUCUAGAUCCAAAACCUGAUAUAAAUGUGGUGAUAGAGAUUAGAGAGAUGAUUUUGGAUGUGAUACUCCCUCCGUCUCAUUUAAAGGCUCUCCCUGGAGUUUACAAUGGUUGACUAGUGAUAAUUUUUUAUGAUAAUAUAUAUACAUAUUGAUUUUAAUGAUUAAAAUAUACAUAUUCAGAAACUAUGUUAAGAGUUCUAUUAAAUCAUGAGAAUCAAAUAAAAAUUGAUCAAAACUUAUAUAAAGUUAAAGAUUAAACGACCGUUAAGUUGACCGUGUGAAUAAUGUAAGAGUUCAAAAUCAUAUCAAUAAAAAUAGUAGUUUGUGGUUUUACAAAACUUUCUAUUAGAAAUUUAGAAUAAAUAAAUGCACCAGCAGAAAUGACAAAUAAAACUGAUUUUUUUCUUCUGAUAGAUACAUUUGUGGUUUGUACAGCAUUGGGAAAAUCCAAAAUCUGUUCAAGCGUGUUAGUCUUCAGUUUCAUAAGAAAACAAGGGAAGGUGGAAAGUGGUGUGGAGCCUGUACUUUGUCUGGAUUCCCAGUUGGGAAGCAAGUGGUUUGGUCACUUUCUCAUCCUCUGGGGUAGGGUGGUAUUGUUUUUACACAUUUUUUGCGCUCUUUCUUUUGCACCAACCAUGUGUAUCUUUUAUCAUCCACUCCCACUCCCAGUUUAUCUAUAGUGCUGUCAAUCAUUAAGUGUUUGUUUGCUGAUUCUUUUUGGAUUGUUUUCAAUUGGCUGGAUUGUUGGAAUGAUUUUUUCUAAGGUUUGUUUGUUCAUUUGUUUAGUAGAAUCAAUGAAAGAUUUUAUAAAAU